UUUAGUGGACUCGUGGUCGCUCGUGGUUAUUCGGUUCUUUGGCAACUUGAAACACAUAUCGUUCACACUGAUCGUUGCGUGAAUCAUCUUGUGAGAGAUGACAAGUAGUAAAUAAGGGAAGGCGGAAGGGCUGCAUACCAGUGGGAAGGAGACAUUUACGAAAACGUUGCGCAAUCACCUGUGCAACUUGAAUCAAUCCUAAAUUGAAUAGAACGAAAUGUAUAACAUACUCUGUGUAUAAACAAUAUCGCGCGAUAUUUCAGUGCGGGCGAGUGACAUUUGACUUUUAUAUUAGUUAUAUACGGGCGUGAGAAGUUGCCUUUGCCCGAUUGGCGACUGGCGACUUUCCGUUUUUCGUCGCGUACUUCAGCUCGCAUCACUUAUUUCGCGUACCACGUGUAUUUGGGAAAAGGGAAAAUUCGCAUCAAAAUUUGCAGUAAUCGCAUCUUCCCAAUGAAAAAAAUCGAAAAAAGUAUCGAUCCCGCAUCAAUGUGACCUUCGGCCGACACGAAUGAAACAAACAAGAUAAUUAUUUGCGUUCGUCCCCGAAGCGAUAGUUUUGCCGGAUAACGAGAGAGAAUAACAAACACACAGCGAGGACAAACGUUUUUACAUUUACAAACAUUAUUUGCGAAAUAUUUUAUAUACCGAGAUAUCUUUCGUUCGCGCUUAUUGAUCGUCAAGCGGUACAAGAUAAAUGCACAAAAUGCAAAGUGAUCUGCAGAUGCCAUAUCUGCGCGCGAUUCAAGCGGUACCAGGCAAUACCGCGAGUCAGAAGCUAUGUUGGAUUGAAAAGUUAACUUCGUACCGGGCUAGCGGGGAUCCCGAACAACUUCCGCAGGAACUGCUGCCUAUACUGCGAACAGAAAUCGCGGUGAAUGAGAAGAAAUACGAAGACAUAACGACUGCCCUUAAAUCCGAGGAUUGGACGAUAGUGAAUCGUGCUUUUAAAGCCGCCUGGUUCUUCGAUGGCAGCCACAAGAAUAUCGUCAACGCCGAGUACUUUUGUGAACACGUCUUCCCUUAUGUCUCUAUGAAUACGAGGGGACGUAUCGUGAUCACACUCGCAAAUCGAUUGACUGAUCCGGAGUUGGCGCAGCAAUUGUUCACAAAGGUAGCGUCUACUUACGGUAUUUAUAAUGCUUAUCCGUUGAUUGCGGCUUGCGACGAGGCUUUCGUUUAUAAAACAGUCGAGCAGCAAAAGCUCGUAUUACCACUUGGGACUGUUAAAAAGAUUUUCCGCAAGAAUCCGGAUCUUAUCGUGCGUUAUCUGAAAUUAUUAAAACCCGUGAACGCGACCGAACGCCCUCCUUUCCCGGUCGAUAUCCAUAAAUACAAGUUUUUACUGCCCAAAUUAGUGAAAAAGCGACCGGAUGCUUUCGCGGAGCUAAUCGAGAUGCACGAAGCUAAUCCACCAAAAAUUAUUUUGAGUAAUACAUGCGCCGAGAUAUUCUUGAAGAAAGGACAGCGAUACUUGAUUAAAAAACCGCGUUUGUACAUCAAAAUCUUACCGCUUAAAAAGAUCAGUAAAGAACUAAUAGAAAGUAUAUUUAUAAGUCUAUUGCCCGCGAAAAAUUCUUGCUUCGACACAGAUAGAAUUCUCAAGUACUUACAAUAUUAUCCACAAAAUGAAAGAUACAAACUACUCCGUGAAUCUUACAUGGCAAAAUACGGUACUGAACUUCUCGACGAGGACAAAAAUGUAACACCCGCGUUGUUGCGAGUAUUACCUGCCAAAGAACGGAUCGAGCAAGCUAGAAUUAAGCUCGAGAAAGAAAAAUUGCAAGAAGUCCAGUACAACAAUAUGAGAAUCGAGUACGAGAGAGCUUGGAUCUGUUAUUUACCCGUUAACGAAGUGAUACCGGUUAUUAAAGAAAAAAUAAGUAAAGCUUCAGUUGAUGUAGACCGACUUGAUCUCAUUUUCCAAAUGUUUUACGCUUGCAAGAUCAACGAGAAUGAUGAUGCGUUAAUCGACAGUUUGAAAUAUUUUUUAAACAGGCAUAAAAACGAGGAGUAUUACAUAUUUCAGCGAACAAUGGAACAUCUUUUACAAUUAUUCGAUAUAUCUCAAUUAAACGAGGGACAAAACUCCCUUCUUUUCGAAAUCACAAAAUUGUUUUAUGUAAAAUACGAACGUACAGUGGUAAGCAUGAUUGAAGCUAUUAUACAUUUCAGACUUAUUCACAAUAUGCCAAUCAACGAGCUGAUUCGCAUGUUGAUAAAUACAAAAAAAAAGUGGUCCAUAAAUUUCAGUCUACUCAAAAAAUAUCCACAGUACGAGAGAAAAUGUCUUGCAACUUUCGCAGAAAUUAUUCAAGAAAAUCAAGAUAGCUGGCUAACACGUGAACUCGAUUACCAGAAAUACAUCUUGUGCCCCUUCGUCGAGGCAAUGUACGACUUUAACGAAAGAUGCAAAAAAUCGGGUACGAAGAUAGAACGUAUGACAAUUAAAAAUUAUGAUUGGCUAUUAAAUAAUAUACGCGAUUUAUUAUCCGACUCCGAAAGGGAUCUCAAUAUAUGGAAGAUAUUGCAAAAAUGGGAACCGGAAUUGUUUCGCAGCUUGUACCGCCCGAAGGAGCUUGCGGACGUAAAGACGGGCGAGGCGCUCGCUUUAUUGAAGCAAAAUCCGCAAGAUAUACUUCGUAAUUGGAAAAAAUAUUUGGUGAUAUGCAAGAAGCAGCAUUUGUGCACGCAGGUGCAACGUUUCGUCAAAGCCACGCGCUGGUACAAGGACAUACCCAUAAGAUUUGUCAACCAUUGCAUGAAUUAUUUGCACAAACAUAAAGAAUAUAAAGACACGGAUGAGGUGACUUCAAUCUUGACUAUCCUAGCAAUAUUACUUCACGGCGACACGCUGACAAAACUGAUAGAACCGCUCAUACCUACGGAAACAACGAUUAAUGCCAGUCAUCCAGACGCCAGGAAAAAUUACAAACUCGUGCGUCAUUUACCAUUGAUCAUGAGACUUUCCAAUCCGCCAGUACCUCUCGAACUCGUAGCCAAAUUAUGCGAAGGAGAUUACUUAACGAUAGCGCUGGCGACCUUGACAAAUGUGAGCAGGCGAUCUUGUUUGCCGAAAGUAUUGUCAUUUGCGAGCAAGUUGUACAAAAUGCGCGUCGGCGCGCGAAAGCACGGGGUCAGGUUGAUGUAUCAAAUAGCUCCCACGGACGAGCUUACUGAAUUUCUGCGGGAGAUGUGGACUCUCGAGAAUCAUCAUUCGAUACGACAAGUUAUAUUCGAGGCGGUACGAAAACUCUUGUCUAUGGCACCAAACCCGGCCAAUUGGUCUCUAUAUUGCUUAAUAACGCGCACGGUGCGUCUCAAAGAUGAAGCAUUACUUUCGCAAAUGAAACUUCUUCCCAGCUUUCCCAAUGAAUAUGUCUCGAAAUACUUUGAAAUAUGGCUCGAAAUAAUAAAUGAUUUUGAAUUGUUAGGAUUGGACGUUCAGAAGACAAAUAAAUACAUAAUCAGUUUCCUGGAACAGAUUACUGUGCCCGUUUGCAAUCUUCUCUCCGAAAAUUUUGCUCAAGAUAUAAUAAAAAAAUAUUUAUUUAUCAUCGAUGUUAAUGUAUCCGAGGCUGCGAGAUCUUUCUCGAUGUUAUAUCUUUUCCCGAAGGACGAAACAAAAUUUACAAUACGUAGUAAGGAAUUCAUCGAUAUCUUGCAUUCCGUACUGAAGACGCAUUGGGACACGACCUAUCCUAAAAAAUCAUGUUUCUUUCCGUACAAUAACGCCUUACAUCUAUUUGUGGAAGAUUUCGUUGUUAGCUACGUCAACAGAUUUCGCUCAAACAAGUCUACCGAUAUGCAAUUCAUCGAUGAUAUGCUCAAGAUAUUUUCAUCCGUCUUGGUACCUACGCAGGACGUGAGGUCUUAUUUGCUGUUAACGUAUGCGAAAAAACUACAAGAGUGCACGUCAACCAAUAAAUGUUUCGGCCUGCAAUUCGGUCAACAUUUGCCGGAAUUAGUCGAGAUUUUCUCACCAUCAUUAGUGUAUUUCAUGAGCGAGAUUCUCGAUCAUUUCCUGAAUCGCGUAUUUGAAGAUUAUACCAGUUUGGAAGAAUUCAAGCUUACUGUCAUAGAAGGCCUUAUUAAAGCUGAUAACACGGAUUCCUGUUUCAUGGCUGUGACAAUGUUAUCGCCGAUGACUUCGAAGAAUCUUGUGACAAGAUACAAACAACUCAUCGUAAAGUUUCGAGAAAUGAAAAAUCCUGCUAUCAUUAGCAUUUUAUAUGAUCAUUUGAACACGUUGAACUUUGGAAGUAUCGUAUUCGAUUAAACCGAUCGAAAGAAUGGAAUAUCGAGUGAAUUUUAUACGCAAUUUGCUGCGAGGUAAUAUUUUGCAAAUAUAAAUAGUAAAACUUUAUUAUAUACAUAUAAUUGAUAAUUUCAUUAAAAAUAUUUUUAUAGAUGCUAAAAAAGUUUAUGCGCAAAUUUCUCUUUAAGAAACGUACACACAAAGUAAUCGCAAAUAAAUUUUAGAAAAAACUCUUUUUCUUUCUAUUUUGGGAUGUUCAAAGUUUAAGGUUUUUAAUGAACAACAAGUUUUUCAGAGACAAAAAAACCUCGAAUAAAAUAAAAAAGUUGCUACUUAAUUUUAUGUAAAACAGAAAAG